AUUAGUCGACCUGGAGAAGGUAAGAAGACUCAGGACGGUUCCUCCUCCUCCUUCUUCCUCCUCUCGGUGUCCGUGAACGCAGCACGCCGAGUCCUGGGUAUUUAACAUUCUACCCUGGACAGCGGCAGGUUGUUGCGCAAGCGCAGCCCAUUGAGUCUGCAUGAAUACGGAGCGAGGAGAGGACAGGAGCACUGGGAGUACUGGGACUGGGGAGGACACGCAGACGGGACCAGAGGAACUGGACGGACCGGACCGAGGACUUUCCCCCUCCCACGGGCAGGCGGACAUGGAUGGACAGAACGACGGCAGCGGCGGCGUCUGCUCCCGGCCGCAUGGCGCCGCGACGGACGGCAAGAAGAAGAAGAAGGAGGAGAGGAAGGAGAAAAUCCCCGACAGAGUGACUCUGAAGAAGGAGAUCGGGCUGCUGAGCGCCUGCACCAUCAUCAUAGGGAACAUCAUCGGCUCUGGGAUCUUCAUCUCUCCGAAGGGGGUCCUGGAGCACUCGGGCUCGGUGGGUUUGGCAUUGGUGGUUUGGUUGCUGGGUGGAUGCAUUGCUGCCUUGGGCUCCUUAUGCUACGCUGAACUGGGCGUCACCAUCCCCAAAUCUGGAGGAGACUACUCCUACGUCACAGAGAUAUUCGGUGGUCUGAUGGGGUUUCUCCUGUUGUGGAGCGCCGUCCUCAUCAUGUACCCGACCACGCUGGCCGUUAUCGCCCUCACCUUCUCCAGCUAUGUCCUGCAGCCUGUCUUCCCAAACUGCGUUCCUCCAUACAUGGCGACACGGAUGCUUUCUGCCACCUGUCUCCUAGUGACCUGAGGUUUCUGUGUUUCAGUGCUGCUGACCUGGGUGAACUGCUCCAGUGUUCGUAUGGCCACCAGGAUCCAGGACGUCUUCACCGUGGGGAAACUCAUGGCUCUGGGUCUAAUCAUUGUGGUCGGCCUGGUCCAGAUCUUCAACGGGAACUACGAGGCUCUGACUCCUCAGGUGGCCUUUUCCCUGGACAGGACGCCGUCGGUUGGGCAGAUCGCUCUGGCCUUCCUGCAGGCCUCCUUCGCCUUCAGCGGCUGGAACUUCCUCAACUACGUCACAGAGGAAGUGGUUGAACCCAGACGGAAUCUACCUCGUGCCAUCUACAUUUCCAUUCCAUUGGUGACCUUUGUGUACACGCUCACCAACAUCGCCUACUUCUCCUCCAUGUCGCCCGAGGAGCUGCUGUCGUCCAAUGCUGUGGCUGUAACAUUUGGGGAGAAGCUCCUGGGAAUGUUCUCCGUCAUCAUGCCGAUCUCUGUGGCUCUAUCCACCUUCGGAGGAAUCAAUGGCUACCUGUUCACUUCCUCCAGGUUGUGUUUCUCAGGGGCCAGAGAAGGUCACCUGCCCAGCCUGCUGGCCAUGAUCCACUAUAGGAACUGUACGCCCAUCCCUGCUCUCCUGGUCUGCUGCACUGCCACCAUUGUUAUACUCUGCAUUGGAGAAACCCACAACCUGAUCAACUACGUCUCCUUUAUCAACUACCUGUCGUAUGGCGUCACUAUCGCAGGUUUGCUGUACUACCGCUGGAAGAAACCCAACCUGUACCGACCCAUCAAGGUGAACCUGCUGGUCCCUGUGUGCUACCUGAUGUUCUGGGCACUGCUGCUGGGUUUCAGUCUUUACUCAGAGCCGGUGGUUUGUGGUGUCGGUCUGGUCAUCAUGCUAACUGGUGUACCCGUAUACUUCUUGGGUGUCCAUUGGAAAGAAAAACCAAAGUGUAUCUACAACUUCAUUGAGAGGGCGACGUACGUGGGCCAGAGGUUGUGUUUUGUGGUCUUUCCUCAGAUCGACCCCAUUGAGAUUGCCAAUCCCUCAGAAUGGACUGACCGGUCAUCAGGCAGGAGCAGUUUGUCUGCCAAUUCUUAAAACUCUUUUCUGAAUAUAUGAAGAUCUUUGUUUUUGCCUCCUGUUUUUAUUCCGUCACUGUGUUAAGUCCAGACACCUGCUCCUGGUAUGGGAGUUACCUGUCUGACCUUUGACCUUCUGAGACUCUGGUUUUUCCCAGCAGUCGAGUGGAAACUCCUGCUCUUCUGCAUGGGCUGCCUGCACUUUUUGUUUUUUUCCCCUCUUUUCUACUAAGUCGUCAAAUACAACAACCUAAUGCCAACAGUGUCGCACUGUGAAAAUGACUUUUCUUCACAUUUUGGACCCAUCUGUUUCUUCUCUGACCAACUGACAGUGUGACAGUUAUCUCUUCUGAACGUUGCUGGUGUUUUAUCGUGCCUUAAGACCUUUUCACACCAAAUCCCAAUCAAAUCGAUUGUCAGUAGUCUGGAUACAGUAAGAAAAAAGACUUGCACACUGAGUCUGGUAGCAAAUAAUUUCAGAAAAUAGUUCCUAACACUUAGCAAAAAGUAUGUAUAUUACAUCCAUCAAUCUAACAGCCUCCACUUCUCUAGUUUCAUUCUUGCUGAACCUGCCGCAGGUAUUUGCUCCCAUUCAGCCACAUUAGAGCAUCAGGAUGUUGGGUGACAAGGUCUGGUUCUCAAUCAGCGUUCCAGUUCAUCCCAAAGGUGUUGGAUCGUGUUGAGGUCAGGAAUUUGGUCUUUGAGUCAUGUUGAAACAGGAAACACAUAGGAUCAUUGUUUGUUGUAGCAUUAAGAUUUUCUUAACAUUUUCUCAGGUAGCUGUCUUAUUUCGUAAUAUACUGUGUGUAUGUUUCACCAACCUUUCAACCUCCUCUACUGCAAAAAAACAAACAAAAAAAGGUUGAAACAACAGAUCAAUCCUUAUUUUCCUGGCAUAACUUCACCUAUAGAAUAACUUUUUAAGGAUAAGUUUUCAGGGUUUCUGAAGUGUUUGCCAAAUUACAUCCGAGACUUUUUACAGGAGCUAUAUGUAAGUUUUAGCUUCUAUUUCUAUCAUUUCCUUUUCUUUGCAAACCAAACAUGGUUUCUUGCCAGGAGUGGGUGGAGGUGGAGGUGGUGGUGAUAAUGGUCGCUCACCAAGACCAUCUAUUGACUACUGGUCCUCUAGGCAGCACUCCUUCUUCAUCCUCUCAUGUUGGACUGAGGGCAGACUGGACUCUACAAUAACUCUCUAUUGCCUCUUGGGGUAUAAAGUGGUAUUACAAGUUUGUAUCGGCCAGGGCUAGCUGGUUAGCAUGCUAACUACCAGUAGAAAUCUCUGCCACACAGCACAUAGAUGUCUGCAACGUCAGAACUGUUAUUUCUUCACAUUUAGUUGAUCAUUUGAUCAUUUUUGUUUAGUUAUUUUUGAAAUGCUUAAUCCAAUUUUAACACUCAUGAACAACACACAAACUGGCCCAGAAUUAAAAUAACACACAGCACUUCUGGAUUCUGUAUGCAAGACAUCGUAUAUAAACCUAAUGUGUUAUUUUUUUAAACGAAUAUGGAUUAUUUUUGUGCAAAAACGUGGGACUUGGUGUGAAAAGGCCUUUACUGGGGAAAAUGUGUAUUAAUAUAUUGUUUAUUAACUGAUUCACUAUAUUAGAUUAUAAUGUUGCGAGUGCCUUUUGCUUUGUGUUUUGCGUUUGAUUAUUUGGUCUUCCACUGCCGAAUUCUUUCCUUCUCUCAUUUGUAAACAAACCAGAUUAUGCACAAUGCACCGUCACAUCCCUGAGACCAGGGGCCAAGCUGAAGUUUAUUAAUCUGUUGUUAACACAGUAGUCGUGUUCACUUUACCUGCUGCUGCUCUAACCUCAGACCACAUCACUCUGGUUUGUUGUAAUUAGCUAAUUUACUGACACACUGUGAUUGUAAUCAGAUGUAGAAAUACCUUUUAUCGUGAUUGUGUUUUUACAAAAUAAGAGUCUGAUGUGACAGAACUGGUUCUUUUUACAAAUAUUGUCCUUUUAGUGCCACUUCUUCCUGGUCAGGAAUGAAUCUCUUUUCUCCUUAAUGUUUCUUUCUACAUCUUCUCAUUGUGUGGUCACUAAUAUUCUGGUUAGAAAAUACUUUGCAGGUGUUUCCACUGACACGUCUUUCUAUUUUUAUGCCUCUAUGCUGAUGACACCCCGUGUUUUCUGGUUGUCCAUCCUAUUGUUGUGAACACAAUAUCUCAGUAAUACCUUGAGGGAAUUUCUUCAAAUUUAGUACAGAUGUUCACCUGGACUCAGAGUUGAACUGAUUAAAUUUUGGUGGUUAAAGGUCAAAGGUCAAGGUCAUUGCGACCUCACAAAACAUGUUUAUGGUCUGUUGAAUGUGAUAUUGUGAGAUCGCCUUGUAGUAAUUUCUUCAAAAUUGGCACAAAGGUUCACUUGGACUCAGAGAUUAAGUAAAUUGCUUUUGGUGAUUAAAGGUUGAAGCUCAAGGUCACUGCGACGUCAUAAAACAUGUUUUUGGCCAUAGCUUCACACACUUAUUAAAUGAAAAUGGACUGGUUGGAGAAGGCAAACAACCACUAGGCUGUAACUCUAGUUUUCAGACAACUGUUGUAUUUAACUUGAGCCUUUCACAGUGAGCCUUAAUGUUAGCCAGUUAGCAUUUUUAGACUAAAUGAAAUGAUUCUAUUAUAUAUAUACAGUUGUUUGACAAGUAGAAACAGGAAGAUGUGUUGGUGACAGUGCCUGUGUUUUGUGAUACAUCAUAUUUUAGAACAUAGCAGCCAAGUUUGAUUUUUACAACUGUCUUCAAAUGUCUUUAAAUGACACCCAGAUAUAUUGGACAUAUUUGUAAAAAGAGCCAGUCUUCCAGUUUAGCCGGUUAAUAUCCAAACUUGCUUUUUUAAAGAAGAAAUCUGCAUGUCUGGUUUAAAUAGUUCAAAUGACAAGUGUAUGACUGUUACAAGUGGUUUUGUGUUGCCUGAAGCUGUGUCCCAAACCCAGAAAACAUAAGAACUGUGUGUAUAGAGUCUGCUGUAUAUACAAAUCAUUACAGUAUACUAUUUUUGCAGCUAGUAUUUAAGAAAUCAACAUGUUCUUCUGCUUAAAAUUAACAGGAAAUGACACAUCAGUCACACCAUUGCCAAUUUUAAAUGAUCUUUUAGGAUGUAUACUAUAUUGACUUAGUAUUGCCACCUGGAAUUGGGACACAGCUUCUUUUGUUCAUGCCCAAGUUUAUAACUGUUCUUAUGUUACAUUCCUCUUUAUUUCAUCUGCUUCUGCUUGAAUGUAGAGACCAGCUGACUCUGAAAAUAACCUGUAUUUUAAUA